CCCGCGCGCCCCGCGCCCCCCGCGCCCCGGGGGCAGGAGCCGAGGGGAGCCCCCCGCCGGCGCCGAGCCUAAGAUGGCCACGCUGCUCCGCAAAAUCGGGCUCAUCCGCCUGCACAACCGGGACACCGAGGACCCCAAGCACCACCACAACCACCGCGGCGGCGGCCAGCAGAGCGCGUCGCUGCGCGGCAAGGGCGGCGCCAAGAGCGGCGGCCACAAGCAGCCCCCGCCGCCGCCGCCGCCGCCGCAGCCGCCCCAGCCCCCCGGGGGCGCGGGCGACGCCAGCCCCGGGCCCGGCAAGGGCAAGGGCAAGCGCGCGGCGGAGCUGGCCCCGCGCGACAAGCCUCCGCAGCCGGGCGCGGGCGCGGCGGGGGCGGCGGGCGCCGGGGGCUCCCGGGAGCGGGCGGCGGGCGCCAGGGCGGGGCCGGGCCCGGCGGCGGCGGCGGCGGCGGCGGCGGCGGCGGCGGGGGGCGGCAGCCUGGUGCCCGCGGCGCGCCAGCAGCACUGCACGCAGGUGCGCAGCCGGCGGCUCAUGAAGGAGCUGCAGGACAUCGCGCGCCUCAGCGACCGCUUCAUCUCCGUGGAGCUGGUGGACGAGAGCCUCUUCGACUGGAACGUGAAGCUGCACCAGGUGGACAAGGACUCGGUGCUGUGGCAGGACAUGAAGGAGACCAACACCGAGUUCAUCCUGCUCAACCUCACCUUCCCCGACAACUUCCCCUUCUCGCCGCCCUUCAUGCGGGUGCUCAGCCCGCGCCUGGAGAACGGCUACGUGCUGGACGGCGGCGCCAUCUGCAUGGAGCUGCUCACGCCGCGCGGCUGGUCCAGCGCCUACACCGUGGAGGCCGUCAUGCGCCAGUUCGCCGCCAGCCUGGUCAAGGGCCAGGGGCGGAUCUGUAGAAAGGCCGGCAAAUCCAAAAAGUCCUUCAGCCGCAAGGAAGCCGAAGCUACCUUUAAGAGUUUGGUGAAGACGCAUGAAAAGUACGGCUGGGUCACCCCGCCUGUGUCUGAUGGCUGAUGUCCUUGACGUGCGGGAGACGCUCCAGCCACCUGUCCACACACACGAGUUCCCGACAUCUCCUCCUCAACGCCGAGCAUCCUCACCCUUUUCUACUCCAGCCGGAACUGAAUCCUGAAUGCCAAGGAGACGUUUAAGUUAUUUAUGAACAGAUGUGUUUACAGGGAGAACGAGGGAGCGAACGCUGUUCGGGAUUAGGUUUCGAUGGUAAAUGAGUGGCCAUCUCGAAGUCACCUUAGAACCCAUGUGGAGCUGGUGACGUUCCCCAGCCCGCCCGCCCCUCCGCCCGCCCCCUCACACCGCCCUUGGCUUCUUCCCAGACAGCAGCUCCAAAGAGCAGACAGGAGACCAGCGCCUACUGCUCCACCCACCUCACGCCCAUGGCACCGCUCACAUUCGCUAGGAACGCCCUGCAUCGCUGUGCUCUGUGUCUCUGUUUCUCUCCCUGGCAGGUCAGCGUAACUCGGAGACGUGUCCUUCCGUGGCCCCGUGUGACGACAUGUAGACUUCAUUUGUGUCCUGGCCUCUGGCUCCUGAAAAAAAUUUCUCAUUGCCAGGUUCUAGUGACUUAAAACUACAACUGCCCACUGGGUGAAAACGUGCGCUCUCUGCUGAUGCUGUGGUGUGCGGCUGUCCCCAGAUAACCCGGUGCCCGGGGACAAAAGGCAGGGCCGCUGUGGCCGCCGUGGACAUGCAGCCGUGCGGACGCGGGGCGUGCUCCCGACGCGCCGGCAGUGGGACAGCCCCCUCGGUACUCUGAAACGCUCCUACGACACCGCAUUCGUGUUCCUGUCUUCUCCCAGCUGGUCAACCCACCACCCAGAGCAAGAGACGAUUUCCCAUUCCCUGAAGUCAGCUGACUCAUCCUAUUCACGUGCUAGUGACAGGGAAUGCCAGAACUGCCAACGGAUCCCAAGUGACGGUACGAGGACUUGCAUGACCGGGUCUAUUCCCUCACCCUCCUGUCACUUGUGUGUCCCGGGGGGGCCGGGCUGCGUGAUGCGUGAGCACCCUCGCUGUGAUAUAAACUCCCCGUUAUUCCAUCUCCCACACUUUCAUUUUUCUCUUCUGUUAAGUUACUUAGAACUUUCUAAGAAACUCCAUGAAGUGAGGAAACACUGUUUAUAAUAAUACGUGGGAAAGAGGUAAAAUGUUCAUCCCAGGUGGAAAAUCUUAUUGGACACAUUUUAAAUAAAAUCAUGCAUACCUGA